ACUGCACUAUCUGGCCUCUACGGCUCUCAGUGCCACAGACUGCACUAUCUGGCCUCUACGGCUCUCAGUGCCACAGACUGCACUAUCUGGCCUUUACGGCUCUCAGUGCCACAGAAUUCUAAGACCUAUAGGAUAAAGAAGUGUAAGAAUUACUAUGAGGUACUGGGUAUCAGAAAAGAUGCCAACGAUGAGGAACUGAAAAAGGCCUACAGAAAACUCGCUUUGAAAUUCCACCCUGACAAAAACCAUGCGCCAGGAGCAACUGAGGCUUUUAAAAAGAUUGGAAAUGCUUAUGCAGUGCUCAGUAACCCAGACAAGAAGAGGCAGUAUGAUGUCAGUGGAGCAGAGGAUCACAGCAGCCCAAGUUACAACGCUCAUGGAGGAUUUGAUUUCCACAGAGGUUUUGAGUCUGAUAUUACACCUGAAGAACUCUUUAACAUGUUCUUUGGAGGAGGCUUCCCCUCAUGUAAGCCCUUUUGUAUAGAUCAUAAGCAGAUACUCACACAUUGCACAUAUAUAUUUUCUCCACAUAGAUGGAGAAAUCUGCACAACAUUCACUUCUCAACGCAGCAGCAGAGCUGA